AUGCUUCAAACAUGGCUACCCUCGCUGCAACACUUGGAGCCUCUUCCUGAGGCUGAAUCUAUACAAAUCAGGGACCAUAUAGAAGUGCUUGCAGGUCCACACUUCAAGAAAUGCGGCAUUGUGGAGUGGAUUGCUAUGAAGGGAACCAUGUUGUGGUUCCGGGACGCGAAUCCUCUCUUGGUUGGGGAUGACGUUGAGCCUAGUGUUGGACCAUCAAGAAUUUGUGUUCCCGCAACAAUUGUUCAGCGGACCAAGCUCCCAACUACGAUAAUAUUCACCAAGGAAAGGGGGUAUGAUGUAAAGGCUGGAGACAUGGUGAGUGUUGCCCAUGGGCCAGAGUAUCAGAGGAGAGGGGUUGUGCAGAGUGUCGAUUUUCCAAAUGCAUGCUUGACCCUUCUUUCUGACGGUGAUCACACCCUCGUCGAAGUCCCAAUCACAUUUGUAACAAAGCGCCGCAAUGUGAACUUAGAUUCAUUCAACAAGUUUAUUCGCCAAGAAGUGUUCAUUGUUGGGGGCGACCUGAAAGGUUACCGAGCGACAUUAUACAAUCUCGCUCCUGACACUUGCACCGUCGCUGUGCAUGGGCAAGUGCGCACUACUGUCAGACGCCGUGACGUUGUCACGAGCUAUGGAAUGAGAUUAAAUGGUGUUAUACAGGAGGGACUAGAGAUGAUUUCAUUCUGCGAAAUCCGGAGAAGAUCAUACACAACAACGACGGUGCCACAGCAGACUAAUAAUCUGUCAUGGGCUUCCUGGAGCUUCAACCCGGAGGAUAUUGCAGAUCGUCCCCCAUUGCGUGUCACUCCCCACACCUCGGAAUAUAACCCUUGGGUUGUCAACCCUGAGGACACUCAAGAUGAAAUCGGUGCCAGAGUGGAGAAACUUUCAGACAAUGUAUCAUUGCCUUGGUUGAUGGGGAAGGAGUAUUCAUCGAUGUUCCUUCUUCAUCAUGCGGUGCUCAAAGUUUCGGUGCGCUUUAUGGGAGGCAGGUUACACAAACAAUAUGUGUCAACAGCAUGCCCUGACCCGUUCUGCGGUGCGAAUGGACUGGCACCUGACAACUGUGUUGCUGUAUUCUGCACAUCCAGCAAUGCAGGCGCCGCCAUUCAGCAUUACCACAUCCCUGCCAAGAUCUCAGCCCAGCCCAGCCACGCAGAAAAAACCAACUGGUCUUCAUUCUGA